AUGACCACGGUAUUAGCACUAGCGACAUGCCUCCCCGCCACGCUCGACACCACGUAUGGCUAUGACAAGGCCCUCAAGAUUGUGCAGUACGGCGUAUGGGCGGCGACGGCCAACAAUGUUGAGGCGUCCGAGCGAUGGCGACCGGCAAUGGCGGCAAUCUCGGGAACGCGCCGCAUGCUGCGUGCGGGCAAGGCUCUGCCGUCCCUUCGAGCAGCAGCGAAAGCGGCGGGCGUGGCCCGAAGUGCAGCCGAUGGACUGCGCGCGUUGAUGUGGGCGCUCGAGAGCGCCGCAAGCGCAUGCGAUGCUGGCUACUACCUGGCUGACAACGCAUCGGUUGUGUCGAGCUGGGGUGUGGUCAGCUCGCCUGCGCCUUACUCGGCGAGCCUCGAUCACGUCGCCAACUUGGCAUGGGCGGCGUCGAUUGUGCUCCGCGCCCCGGGCGCUCUCCUUUCCCUCCGCUCAGCCCCGUCGCUCUCCGCACUCCUUGACCUGCUCCUCCUCGCUCUCGAUGCCGUGCUCUCGGCCCGCUACGCCGCCGCCGCCGCCUCGCGGCCGUUCCUCACUGCUGCUGCCACCUCGGGCUCGCUCAUGACUGCCGGCGACAUUGUGGCCCAGAGUUUGGAGCGCGACCAGGCUCGCCGCGAAGGCAUGCCUGUUCCGGCUCAUGACGUCGGUCGCACCUUUGUCAUGGCCUCGUGGGGCCUCACCGUGCUCCCGGCCGUCUGGGCGCCGUGGUAUCCACUCCUUGAUCGGGUCAUAUCAGCCACGGGUCUUAAGGGUGCCCUAGCCAAGGCUCUCCUCACGGCCGUCACCAUGGCGCCGCUCUCCAACGGCGCGUUUUUUGCCUACUCGACCAGCGUCGAGUACUGGAUGGAGUGCCACCUGCCGAAGCUGCUCGCGCCGCUGCCGAUCUCGCUCUCGCGCCCGCUCGCUCCUCCCGACACUCGCCCACUUGCACUUGUCGCUGCAGUGGUCUCCGAGCGUGCAGCGUCGCUACCGCCACCUGUCAUCGAGCUCGCCGCCACGGUCGCCGAGGCCGACGCACAGCAAGACGCGCUCGCUGCUGAUGCCUCUCCCGUUCCCGCCGUCGCUGCCGACAAGCGCCUGGCCCGAUUCAUCCCGCCCGAGCUCACGCACCGGAUCCUGACCAAGCUCACCGAUGAGAUGCCAGGCACCGUCGUCGGCUCGUUUACCAUCUGGGUCCCAACCAACACCAUCGCCUGGUGGCUCAUCCCCCCAACUCUGCGGUUCCCGGCGACGUCGACCAUCUCCGUCCUCUGGAACUCGUAUCUCUCGCUUGCUCAGCACCGCGAGUAG